GCUUGGCUCGCGCGGGAAAGAUUUAUGCGUUGGGUGAGGGGAGAGCCCGCGAGGAGGCGGCGGUGGUGGUGGUGGAGGUAGCGGUUGGUGCAGCAUGGGUGUGAUAGGUGUGCAGCUGGUGGUUACCAUGGCGAUGGCUAGUAUUAUACAGAAGAUCAUACCUCACUACUCUCUUGCACGGUGGCUUCUCUGUAGUGGCAGUUUGCGAUGGUAUCAGCAUCCCACGGAAGAAGAAUUACGCAUUCUGGCAGGGAAGUCACAAAAGGGCAAAGGCAAGAAAGACAGGAAAUAUAAUGGUCAUAUCGAAAACAAACCACUAACCAUUCCUAAGGACAUUGAUCUUCAUCUGGAAACCAAAUCUGUUACUGAAAUAGACACUUUAGCAUUGCAUUACUUUCCUGAAUACCAGUGGUUGGUGGACUUCACAGUUGCAGCUACAGUAGUGUAUUUAGUAACUGAGGCCUACUACAGCUGGAUGAAGCCCUUGCAAGAAAUGAAUAUUAGCAUCGUCUGGUGUCUGCUUGUUCUGGCUUUUGCAAUCAAAAUAUUGUUCUCAUUGACCACACACUACUUCAGAGUAGAAGAUGCAGGAGAAAGAUCACUCUGUGUAACCUUCGGCUUCUUUUUCUUUGUUAAAGCAAUGGCUAUUCUAAUAGUAACGGAAAACUAUUUAGAAUUUGGACUUGAAUCAGGCUUCUCAAAUUUUUCAGAAAGUGCUGUGCAGUUUUUUGAAAAACAGGGAUUAGAAUCACGGGGGCCUGUUUCUAAACUAACAUUCAAGCUGUUCCUGGCUGUUCUUUGUUCUCUUAUUGGUGCUUUUUUGACAUUCCCUGGAUUGCGACUGGCUCAGAUGCAUCUGGAUGCUUUGAGUUUAGCAACAGAAAAAAUCACUCAACUUCUGCUGCAUAUAAACUUCCUGUCACCCCUGCUUAUGGUCUUAUUGUGGGUUAAACCCAUUACGAAGGACUAUAUAAUGAAUCCACCAUUGGGAAAAGAAACUGUGCCUUUAAUGUCAGAAGCAACAUUUGAUACUCUAAGGCUCUGGAUCAUAAUUCUUUUGUGUGCAUUGCGGUUAGCCAUGAUGCGCAGUCAUCUCCAAGCCUAUCUUAAUUUAGCACAGAAAUGUGUGGAUCAAAUGAAAAAGGAAGUUGGCAGAAUAAGCACAGUUGAACUGCAGAAAAUGGUGGCCAGAGUGUUCUAUUACCUUUGUGUCAUCGCACUUCAGUAUGUGGCCCCUUUGGUUAUGCUGCUGCACAUGACACUGCUGUUAAAAACUUUAGGAAACUAUUCCUGGGGCAUUUAUCCAGAUUCUGCUUCAAAUUCUCUCGUGGAGAACAGCCCACUGAGCAAUUCAGUAAACUCUGAACCUCCAUCUGAUGAUGGCAAGAUGCAGCUAACUGUACUAGAGCUAACCAUGGCACUGGGUAGCCUGAAGAACAUUUUCACUCCACUCCUGUUUCGAGGACUCCUGUCUUUUCUCACCUGGUGGAUCGCUGCUUGUCUCUUUUCCACAAGCCUUUUUGGGCUGUUCUAUCAUCAGUACCUGACAACGGCAUGACCCAACGAAGAUUUAAAGACAAAAACAUUUAGAAGCCUGUGUGCCCCAAAAGAGGCAGAAGAAAAUGUGAGGAAAUAUAACAAAAGAGAAAAA